UUUUUUUAAUUUCUCCACAGACCACUUUGCGUAUUUUUCGCCACUCAAUUAUUAUCACAAUUCUUUUUGAUUCUUUCGCUGCUUUGAAAUUUGCGCCGUUAGCUACCAGGCACAGUGGCUCCCCUGUGCGGGAGCAAAAGUUAGUGAGGAACCUUAUUGCUGUCAUUGCCGCCGCGUGUAAAAUUCUUCGAUCGAGUUUCCGGUCGAAUGUACUCUCGCAAUCUAUGUCCUAUAAGCUUCACAGUCUUCACGCACGCCAUUUUUAUUUAUAUAUGUGUAGAACAACGGAGUACGAAUACGGAGUGGAUCAGAGUGGAUUUGUGCGACAGAUUUGUAACAGCCGAGAGCUCGUCGGGGAGAUGUGUCGCCUCGCAAUAUGUGUGUAAUGCGAACUAGCGGUGCAUGCAACCCGUGGCAUUUUCGCGAACGUUCGGCGUGAGUGGCUAUUCGUAUUCGUGCGAACGCUCGACCGCGGUGGUCGGCCGUGAACACUGCAACGUUCUUCCCAGCACUCGUCUCGAUAAAAUGGACCAUCGUCAAAAAAUGGUUGUAGUUCCUCAACAAUCAAAAGUCAAAAUCGAGGACGAUGACGACGAGGAUGUAGAGGCGCUGAGAUUGGCAGCGCUUAAGUCACUACGAACAAAAGAUGCCACACAUAAAAGGUCAGCGUUAUCGCAGAUGCAGAAAGUACUACCGCAAAUAACGCAAUCAUCCUGUUUCUCGUAUAAAAAUCAACGGCCUACGAAAAAGAAUUACUAUCACAAUAGGGUGCAACAAAGGCAAAAUGGCAACGUGUAUUAUCAGAGACAUCCUAAUCCGAACUUGAUAGCGAUAGUUCCUGUAGAUGAACCUUCUCCACUUCAACAAGCCCAAUUAACUUGUCCCAUAGAAAAGACUGAGCCAUCUGUAGAAACAUGCCCUCAAGAAGAAUCAAAAUUCCAUCGUUUUAAAGAUAGUGGGAGCGGUUCUGAAGAAGAUGAUACAAAGGAGCAGAAAAGCAUUACGACUUCUAUAAAGACAGAAGUUAUAAUAAAAGAGGAAGACGACGAUUCAGUAAAAGUUGGAUGUCAGGAGGAAACUACAGACAGUCUGCAAAAGAAUGGAAGUGAUAACCAAGAAGGAGAUGGUAAUGAUGAUGAUGACGAUAUACUCUUAAUGGCUGAUCUCGAGGAAGAAGAUAGUUUAGAGCGUUUAAUGGACGAGAUGGAAAAGGAAAUGAAUGAUGAAAAUAAGUCUGAAAAAAAAGAGAAAAAAUUGCAUAAAGGUGAAGCUAAAAAUACGGUGAAAGGUGAUGAAGGAAGUAAAAAUUUAGACCAGAAGACGACGAAACCAGACGACAGCUAUGGUAAGAAGGAAAGAAACAAUGUUACUACCUCAUCUCUGACUACAGUUAUCAAGAACGACAGAAGAUCUGUCUCUCCACACGUAACGAACCGAGUUAGUCAAAAGCGCCGAUCGUUAUCUCCAAGGUCACGAUCACGGAAGAAAUCGCCAAGAAGAUCUCCUAGAAGAUCUCCAAUCAGGCAACUGAAAAAGUCUCCGAGGGAAACAUCGACGAGAUAUAGAUCGCCCCCGUUGUCACGAUACUCCCCUAGAUCUAGAUCGCCCAGACUCUCACCACGUAGAUCUCCAAACAGGACAACUACGAAAAGAUCACCGCUCAGAAAAUUAUCGCCGAGGGGCAGAUCACCCAAACUUUCGUCGCACUCCAUAUCGCCACGACCACUCAGAUCGAGGUCACCAAGACGAUCAAAAUCUCCGAGGCCGCGUUCACCCAAAAUAUCGCGCUCUAGAACGCCACUAUUGUCGAGAUCAAGAUCGCCAAGGUAUUCGCCGCUUAGAUCUAGAUCCAAAUCACCUAGAUUAUCACCGAGAAGGGUGUCACCACGUCGAUUACGGUCCAGAUCCAGAUCUCCCUUGUCUUCUCCUCGAAGAGGAUCACCUCGCUUGCGUUCGCCGAAAGCAUCACCACGUAGAACACCAUCUCGAUUGAGAUCGCCGCGACUUUCACCGCGUAGGUCACCGUGGUCGUCCCCGAGACAUUCACCUCGUCUCUCGCCACGACGAAAGCGAUCCCCGAAAUGGUCACCUAAGGAAUUAUCCAGAAAGCAUGGUCCACGUUCCAUCACUCCAGAUAAUCGAGAUGGUUAUAUGAGAGAACCGUCUCCAAUCUUCAAAGGUACAGCAACGCCAGAAAUGCCCAGGACGAAAGCAAAGCAAAAAGAUGAAGUAUAUGAAAAACCAACAACGAUGACGGAAAUGCCGAAGGAAUCUGUUAAUACGAUUAGUGAUCCUGUGCUGGAGGCAAGGAGAAAGAAAUUUGAGUCUACGCGGCCUAUUGAUCCUGUAAAUGCCAAUAAAAAGAUUAAAUUAUCCAAAAAACAUACCACGAAUACGAAAGUGGAGCCUUCAGAAGGAACGGAAAUUCAGUUGAGUGCUGCGAGAAGACCAAAUAAAACUGUAGAGGAGUACGAUGUUCAAGAGGUGGAUUUAUGUUUGGAAGAAGACUACGAACUUGAAGAGUGUGAAGAAGUGAUGGACAAUACGUCGCCAAGCGCUUUUACAAGUACCAUAAAUACGUGCAUGGAUACAGAACCACCAAAAGCGGAGAAAGAAAAAUCUUCGAAGAAAAAGAAGAAGCGCGAUAAGGAGCUGUAUCAAGUGGGAAAAUUGAAGAACGAACUACCGCUUUCCGAACGCAUUGGAAAGGACAAGAAAUGUAAGAAACGUAAGGACAUAGUCGCCGAACCAGACGUGGACACUAUAUUUGAAGAUGUAACUAUAGACGAAGAAGGAGAUUUACGAACAGAACUUAGCAGAAGGCGCGCAGAGAGACUGAACAGAACAGUGCCGAUUCAGUCCGCUAGAUUAGUACAGUCAGCUUUUAAAGGCGUUGUUAGUGAAGCUGUGAAAAAUAAUGCAAAAGCCAAUCAGAGGCAUGUCAUGAAUACUGAUGAAAAACCUAAUCAAAAAGAAGUUAGACGAGUUACUGUGCUGCAUAGAGCAUUAACUGAAUUACAUGAUUCUGAAGAAGAAAGUACUCUUGAUUCGAAGGUACCUGUGCGUCUCAGAUUGGGACUCAAUAAGCAAGUGCAAGAGUCCAGAGAGUCCAAGGUUACACGAAAAGCAACUAAAAGACAGGGUCGUAAGGUAAAGCACAAAAGUCAUUUGUCUCUAAAAGAUCCUGAAUAUAUGUUGUAGUGUAAAUUAUGGCUUUAUAUUUCCAUUCUAGAUUUAUAAGUAGUGUGAUAUUUUGUGAUACUACCAAGCUAAGUAUGUGACAGAUGCAUCUUGAAAUAUCGUUCAUAUAUUUUUCUUGUUCAUAAUAGAAUGAUGAUAAAUUGAAAGAUAUUAAAUAAUGAAGUCUUCAAAUCAUUAUGCUCUAUAAUUUGCAUAUUAUAAUUUUAUGAACUAGAACGAUGCAAUCUGAUAUAAUCUAAAUAAUAAUUAACUGUUAUAAUUGAAUUAAUGAAUUCAAUUAACAAAUAGAACUUAUUAAUGUAUGCUUAUUAAUGAAAAAGAUUACAUUUUAAUUGAGAUUACUUUUGAUUUAUAAUAGACAAUAUUUUUUCGUGAAACUAUUAUGAGUGGUAUAUUAUCAUAAAAAAUAAUUUACCAAGUUACAUGAAAUAAGUUGUAUGACAUUAUCUACAAAACAAUAUUGUGUGCCUUUCAAUAAUAACGAGAGAAUAAUAUAAAUGCCGCGAGAUAAUUUACAUUAUUGAAUUUUGUUAAGGGAAUGAAAAGCAUGUUUUUGUGUAGAUAUAGAUUUCGAUAAUAACACUAUUGAGAAAGAGAGGGAGAGAGAGAGAGAGAAAGAGAGGAAGAAACAAUUAUGUGGAACUUUUUCCUAAAAUGUCUUAUAUUUUAGUAUCGCGUUAUUCUAAACUCCAUAGAGAGUUUAGUAGAAAAUAAAGAUGAUCUGUUUUUUGUUUAGGAAUAAAAUAAAUACGCGUUCAUCCGAUUACAUAUUUGUAUGAAGAGAGAAAAGCGGUUCAUCUUACCGCUCAUUAUGUUGUCGGCACAUAGGAAGAUGCGCGGAUUAACGGCUACGUUAUCUCAUUUGAAAUGCUUGUGAAGUAUCUCUGUUUUUCUUUUCAAGCAUAAAGUACAAUAACUUUCAUAAUACUUGAGAAUCCAAAUUUCGAUAUCUUACGAUUUAGAUGUAUUCGAUUAUUUAUCAUUAUACAUUGCUUAGGAAAAGUUGAUUACGUGUGAGUAUAUUAAAUCAUUUGUUGUGUUGAAGAAUGUGUACAUAAUUUACUUUGGUCGCACACUUAAUAAACAAUAAUAAUCCCAAAGCUACCUUUUAAAAAACCUAAGCAUAUUUUACAUGAAAAUAAUAAUGUAUAGGUGUAUUUUAAUUGUAUAUAGUGCUUAAUACCGAUUAAACUAAUAAGAAUGUGUAGUAUAGCUUGUAAAUUCGACUAAUGAUAUAUUGCGGCACCAAAUAUCUUGUACAAAAUAUUAUAUUAACAGAUGCAACUUGUUAAAAUUUAUUUGCUACGCGACGUUUAGUAUGAAAGCAAUUUUGACGUAUGAUGCAAACUGUAAGUGUUUAGAUCUGAUCUAUGGUGUUUUAUAAAUCGAUGUUACACUUUAUUGUGUACAUGUGCCCGUUCUAUUUUACAAUUAAGAAAUUUAUUGCGGUAUUAAAUUAACGGACUAAAUAACUGUUUUUUUUUUACAUCCAUUUUAUGCUGCAUUUAUAUAAAUGUAGUGUAUUAGUUUUCAAAAUUGUGUACACUAGAUUUUCACAUAUUUAGCGGCAAAUUACUGUAAAUAUUGUUGUUAUAUUUCUAUUGUAUCUUUGAGGAAGAUACAAUUAUAGUUUACUUAAUGUAUCUUACAUAACUGUAUUUAAUUAACGGCCGCAAAAUAAUACGUACUAUUGCUUUUAAUUAUAUUUCCAUAUUAAUAAUUAGGACAUAGUAUGCAUCAUUACAAUAUAUGUAUAGCCAAUAUGCGUGAACCAUUGUGGGUUAUUGUGCAGCUAUGUACAUAAACUCAGUCUACUUCGAAAACGAUGUUCGUAUACCAAGCUGAAUACCUCAUAGUAUCUAUGAAGGUGUAAACGCUGCUUUUACGUCAAUAAAAAAAAUAUCACAUUUAUAAAAAAUUUUUUCUCUAAAAAUUUUCUAUGAAUACCGAUAGGAUCUGAUAUUAGAUUUUUAGAUGUAUAUAAAAGAGUGAUAAUUACAUGCGUGCCUUUAUUUAUAUUUAAUUAAAAAGAUGUAAACAUUUUUUUAAUACGCUUAAAUAGUGAACGCGUAUACGUGUCAGCCAAAACGAACAUUUUUAUCAUGCCAUUUCAUUUACACAUCGUACAUGUGUAAAUCUGUGACAUCAACUCUGAGAGUUGUAUAGUAUUUUUAUAGCUAGAAAUAUAAUGAAAGACUGAAAGGGAAUUAUAUGAGCCUUAACCAGUGCAUAAAUGUCAUGUGAUACUUGGAGGGAUUUUUGCAGUUUCCCUUACGCGUGUUUCGAUUAUCUUAGAAUAACACAGACAGUUAUGCGUAAUAUCUUUAACAUUUAAAGGACGGACUAUAAAUAAUGGUGAUUAUAUUCAUAGCAUAAUCCUGUGUGCAUGCAAAAGUUUUUUCUUAAAUAUUUAAAUAUGACAUACAUACAUUAGAAAUAUUUUAUAUGUAUACCUAUUACAAAUUAUAUCUGUGAAUAAUUUACACGACAUAUAUAUUUAUUUUAAUGACAUAUUUUAAGAUAACAUUUUGCAGCCGUUAUUUGCCACUUCAAUUUUUAAACUUAUGAAAUUUAGAAAAAAUGUUCACUAUUACAUGGCAAUUAUAUUCAAUUUCAACUUCUGUGUUAUUCUGUGAUACAGUUGCGAUUAAAUCACGAUUCUAAUUGUUAAUAAUUAUUUAAUUUAUUAACUUAAUUUUUGUCAUAGGUAAAUACAGAUGGGUGUAAUUUGUUAGUAAAGUUUUGAUAAUGUAUAAUUGGAUAUUUAUAACUUAUUAUUAAUACCAUAACUCUAUAAUUAGUUUUAGUUUAUUAACAUACUUUCUCUUUUGCAUUUUGUUAUCAAUGACAAUUCUAGAUCAUAAUUACGAAAAAUCGAAAUCGAGAUUAUUACAUUACUGACUUUGUGUCUUUUUUUAUUAGAAAAAAUGUAAUUUUAUUUUGUGCACGAUUUUUAUACUUUAAGAGAAAUUUCCUGCGUUAUAUUCUUAUGUAUUGCAGUAAGAUUUUGUAUAUUAUUUUAUUAUUGGAAUGUUCAACCAUCUGUAAUUUACCGCGCGAACACUGUGUGCGUCUGUAUGAAUGUACCUAUUUAUAUAACUAAGUAUAUUUGUAUUUAUACCUUCUUUACAAAGAAAAAAGAAGCAAGAUUAUCACAUACUUCCUUAGACGUAGUGAUAUCAAAAAUAUCAGUGAGGUGUGUUUCCUACGUCACUUAGAAUUAAUUGAAUCUUUUAUUUCAGAAAAUACGGAAUAAAAUAUUUUUCCAGCUACA